CCGUCGUCAAUCCGUGCGUGCUCCAGCGAACGGCAAACGCCGGCUUGUCUAUUGUGGUGCAGCAUUAAUUCAAGCCAUGGAGGCUCUAUAAUUUCCUCGUGCUCUGACUCUCCCCUGCUCCGGUGCCUCUGGGAAUCGCAAUUUGAAGCCCCACCUAACUUUCCUGGUGGACGCUUCCCUAUAUCAUAAUCCCCCACUUUCCAUCACUUCCCCGGGGAGAGCAAGGAAAUGGAUAACUCCACUCAAGAAUCCCGCCUCAGAUCCGAACACUCCAUAACCUAUGAUUCCCCUUAUCCUAUCUACGCCAUGGCCUUCUCUUCCACCCCUUCUCUUGCUUCUCCGCACCAACGAAUCGCAGUAGGUAGCUUCCUUGAAGAUUACAAUAACCGCGUCGAUAUUAUCUCCUUCAACGCUGAUUCUCCUUCCCUUCGCCACCAGCCUUCCCUCUCUUUCGACCAUCCCUACCCGCCUACUAAACUUAUGUUCCACCCGAACGCCCACUCUUCUCUUCGAAAGUCCUCCUCCGACCUCCUCGCCACGUCCGGUGACUAUCUUCGCCUCUGGGAGGUUCGGGAAAAUUCCGUCGACACAAUUUCACUCCUCAACAAUAGCAAGACCAGCGAGUUCUGCGCCCCUUUGACCUCCUUCGAUUGGAACGAUAUCGAACCCAAGAGAAUCGGGACUUCCAGCAUCGACACGACUUGUACGAUUUGGGAUAUCGAAAAGGGCGUUGUCGAAACGCAGCUAAUUGCUCACGAUAAGGAGGUUUACGAUAUUGCUUGGGGCGAGGCUAGAGUGUUUGCGUCUGUUUCGGCCGAUGGUUCUGUUAGAAUCUUCGAUCUAAGGGACAAGGAGCACUCCACGAUCAUAUACGAGAGCCCGCAGCCAGAUACGCCUCUGCUCAGGCUGGCUUGGAAUAAGCAGGACCUGAGGUACAUGGCCACGAUACUGAUGGAUAGCAAUAAGAUUGUGAUAUUGGAUAUUAGAUCACCGACCAUGCCGGUGGCGGAGUUGGAGAGGCAUCGUGCUUGUGUGAAUGCCAUUGCCUGGGCUCCCCAGAGUGGCAGGCAUAUCUGUUCGGCGGGGGAUGAUUCGCAGGCCCUUAUUUGGGAAUUGCCUACUGUGGCUGGACCUAAUGGAAUUGAUCCCAUGUCUAUGUAUUCUGCUGGCUCUGAAAUUAAUCAACUGCAAUGGUCUGCUGCUCAGCCUGACUGGAUUGCUAUUGCUUUUGCGAACAAGAUGCAGCUUUUGAAGGUUUGAGUUUAUUGUUUCCUUUUGCAGCAGAUAUCCUCAUGAUGAGUUGGAAGAUAUGACUUGCUUGCAUGACACAGGGCUUCCCACUGUUUCACUCAAAGAUUGGAGCCUGCUUUAUAGAAAUUGAUCCUGACUAGAACGAUGGCAUUUUUGUGUAUUAAGAUAUGGUUAUUGGGCUCGUAAUAGGAUUCUGGGCUAUUGAAUUUUUCUUAGAUUCUGUUACAGCAUAGAGCAGCUGUGUUGUUCCCUUGCUUCCAAUUUCGUUAUCUAUCUUCCUGCUUCUUCGACAUUAAAAAAUGCUUGAGGUAAUACAAGCAAUGCAACUUAGUGGAA